GGAUUGUUGUGCCUGUAGGGAAAAAGUGACAUCUCGUAGAAAACUACACCUCCCGAAGUGCACCUUUGCUUGGCUUCAUUGUUGAUGGCGUCUGGUCGAGGGCUAAAGACAGGUCGCCUUCCGACUAACAGAUAGGCCGUUGACUUUAACGGUUUUGUGGUGAGUGCCUCGGUGUGACACAAUGGAGGUGGAGGGUGUUACAGUGGAAGAUGAGAGUCGUUUGACCCAACUGAGGUUCGAGGCCGCCGUCAAAGUGAUCAAGAGUUUACCCCCUGAUGGUCCCUUUCAGCCGUCCAAUGAUAUGAUGCUCAAGUUCUACAGUUACUAUAAACAAGCCACUGUGGGAGCGUGCAAUAUACCCCGACCGGGCUUCUGGGAUGCAGUUGGCAAAGCAAAAUGGGAUGCAUGGAAUUCUCUCGGAGAUAUGCCAAAAGAAGCAGCAAUGGCAGGCUAUGUUGAUGAAAUGAAGCUGAUCCUGGAGGGUAUGCCCAUGAGUGAGGAGGUGGAGGAGCUCUUACGUGUCCUCGGCCCGUUCUAUGAGCUGAUUGAGGAGAAGAAAAAGAUCUCACAGAUAUCAGACCUGAGCACAGGCUUAGGUACAGCGUUGAAUUCAGCUAUGUCGAAGAGUGUCGCGAAGAACAUCAUCCGAACGAUGGAAAUGAACGGCACUUUGGAGACUCGUCCAGCUAGGCUCAAAUCAAAGGAAGGGAGGGAAAGGUCAGAGGAGGAGGAAGAAGAAGAAGAAGAAGAACUAAUGAAAAGGGAGGUCAUAAAAGACAAGAAAUCAGUAGCUUCACAGCCAAAGAAGAAGAGUUCAGCCAGGAGGCAUAAACCACAGCUGUCAAACGGUAAACUUGCUAACGGGGUCACCCAUCUGACCAAUGGGAGUCAUUCCAGGACCGCCCUGAACAGUGAGGACUCCCAGGAGGGGUCAGUCGGUGAGCCUCUCCUCAAUGGUGACCACACAGAUUCCAAUGUAGACGUGUCUGGCACCGUUCACCUGGCCAGUGACUCAGACAGUGAAGUCUACUGUGAUUCCGUGGACCAGUUCAGCCAGGAAGAGAGGUCAGAGCAUAACCACUCUGUGGAGGACCUGGAUGAAGAGGAAAACCAUGUCCUGCCUCAUCUAGUGGAGCCAGUUGCAACACAGGAGCUCCAGGAGGAUGUUCACGGUCCAAUGCAGGUCAUAAGGUGUGGAGGGGAAGAUGGAGAGAAUGGUGGAACCUCGCAGAGACAGAGACUGGAUGCAGAACCGCCAGACACCUCUUUGGUCAGGAGAGGAAGAGGCUCCAGGUCUCCUGGUCUCAGCUCUGGAUCUCUGGUUCCCAUGUACAGCGGUGGAGGUGGGGAUGGGAGCCGCUGGGGAGGAGCAGUGACACCUGGAGGGAGCCUUAAUGAGCAGAUCGUUGUGGCGUUGGCUAGGCUGCAGGAGGACAUGCAGAGCGUCCUGGAGAGGCUGCACACCCUGGAGGCACUCACGGCUAGCCAGUCUCUGCAGGCAAGAACAAUGUCUCUGUCUCCAACUUAUGCAUCACCCCCAGUGAAUAAGAGGAAUCAGAAACCAUGCUGGUGGCCUUUUGACAUUUCUCCGACCAGUUUGGCCUUUGCCAUUAUUUGGCCGUUUGUGGUGCAGUGGCUUAUUCGUCUGUACCUGCAGAGAAGAACAAGACGAAUCAACUGAACCUGCUGUCACGGAAACUACAACUUCGUAUAGACGAAGAAGGAGAGUCCUCUAAAUUUCUUUGGUUUGGGUUAUAAAUGGCUGUAACCCCCUCUGCUUAAACCCACAGACCAGUAAUUUGCUUUUGCACUAUGAAGAAGGCACCUAGAGUAAGGAGUGAGAGGACGGUAUUUCUCAAAUGUGUUGUAGUGUGGAUGUGGAAUCAAAUAGAAACAUGAAUGUAUGGGUUCACCUGUCAUUCUAGGUCCUUUUCAAGAUAAUACCACUGUACUGCAAUCCAUUUCUCUGUAACAAAUGGCUGAUGUUGGGAGGAGGAACUGUUGGGAGUGUGGAUGUGUUUAUAAAUCAGUUAUUUCCACAACAAAGGCUUUGUUGCACAAAAAUGGGUCCGAUACUUUGUUUGGUUUUGAGCCUAAUGCUUGAUUUUCACAGUUCAUUAUCAUUAGUUGCCCAGGUAAUGCUGCUAUAAUAAAAUGUCGUAAUAACUGUAGUAGUUUAGAGGUUGAAGAUUGAAUGUAAUACUGUAUUAAUAUUUGCGAUUAUUUUAAAUUCUCAGAAUAAGUUAAUAUUUAUUUCUUUUAGCAACAGUCACAAUGAAUGCAGCGCAGGCCAGAUUUCAGCUGUUUCAAGUGAAGUUUAUAUUUUAAGUGACUACUAAAUGUUGUGUAUACAUUAGACGAGGUUGUGUCUUACUUCAUAUCAGUCUCAGUGCUUUAUGAGUGGUCUGACUCUUCACCUCAUUGUUUUUCAAAUAGAAAGAAGUGCCUCAACAUCAUAAGGUACAUUCAUACUGUAGGCAGCAUUAUAUUUUUUGACAUUCUCACAUUGUAGCAUUUCUGUUACAUUGUCGGACCAAAUAAUCAUCAUUAGUGCUACCUAGUGAGACAUGAGCUGUCUUGAUUAUUAAUACAUAACCUCUGUCACUGUCUGUCUUGUUUACGUGAUCACAUUUUUCUGUGUUUUAUCAUUUUUAAUGUGUGUGUGUAAUGUUUGUAUGAUAUUGUGUAAGAUUUUGUGUGACUGACAGUAAUCAUGACUUGUUUCAAAGGAAAGCAAAUCUAUAUAAAUUGUAUACAAUAGCUGUACAGUUAAGAUAAAAAUGCAGUAUUUUAAUUGCAUUGCCAUGAAUUAAUAUAGAAUACUAUAUCAUAUUUACAGAGGUUUGCAUCUGCAAUAGCACUAAUCUUUCCAGAGCCAUUAUGUUUUAAUAAAAAGUAAGUUUACCUUUCUACUGAAAUGUUCUAAGGCUUUCUCACCCUCUCUGCCUGUGGAUGGAGCGGUGUCUGCAUGUGAUAAUCUAAGCCUCAAAUAAAGUUUUCAUUAAGCAUU